AUGACCAGCGCCGCCAACCUGGCCCGCCUGCCCUCGCGUCGCGCCGCGUCUGGCCUGUUCCUCUUCGCCCUGUCCGCGACGGCCAGCCUCCACACGCAGCGCACCCACUCUCCCUACGCGCUGCCGACCUGUCCGCUGCACAGAGACGCAGACACGAGCCCGAGCCCAGCAGGGCUGCGGUCCUCGAGCUCCGCGGCGCAGCCGCCGCAGUUCUCCUACCACGUCGCCGCGUCGUACUCGGCCAAGCAGGACCGCUUCAACGCGCAGCAGAACCUGUUCACAAGCCCGCUGCACGACCCCGCGCAGCGCCACGACGAGUGGCGCGAGUGCAAGGCGAGCGUGGACAAGCGGAGGCGGUUGCGCAGCGGGCAGGAUGCCCUCUUCUUCAGCCAGGUCGGCGACACCAGGACCACGACGUUUGGCGUAGCAGACGGCGUGGGAGGGUGGGUCGAGUCGGGACUGGACCCGGCCGACUUUUCUCACGGGCUGUGCGAGUACAUGAGCUGCGCCGCGCGCUCGUUCCCGCACGGCUUCAACACGACGUCGCUGCAUCCCAAGGAGCUACUGCAGAUUGCGUACGACGAGGUCACCGAGGACGACAGCAUCGAGGGCGGCGGCAGCACUGCCUGUUUGGCUGUCGCCGAGCCCGACGGCACCGUCGAGGUUGCCAACUUGGGCGAUUCGGGCUUCAUGCAUCUGGGCCUGAAUGCCGUGCGACACUUUACGCAACCCCAGACCCACGCCUUCAACACCCCCUAUCAGCUCUCCAAAACCCCCCACCGCAUGCUCGUGCAGAUGGCCGUCUUUGGUGGCCCCUCGACGCUCUCCGAUCUGCCCAAGGAAUCGAGUGUCACCCACCACAGGGUCCGCCACGGCGACGUCCUCGUCUUCGCCACCGACGGUGUAUGGGACAACCUCAGCCCCCAGGACGCGCUCGGCAUAGUCAGCAAGCAGAUGGUGGCCGCCGGCGCCUGGGUCGACAGGGGCGGCGCCAUCGAGGUCGGACACGAUCUGGCCGGGCUGGUACAAGCCCGCACGGGACGCAGGGCUGAUAGCAAGUCUUUGCAGGCCGUAGUGGCCACGGCCAUUGCGCAGCAGGCCAAGGACACGGGGCUCAAUACGCGCCGCGAUGGGCCGUUUGCCAAGGAGGUGCAAAAGUACUACCCGGGCGAGAACUGGCACGGCGGCAAGCCCGAUGACAUUGCUGCCGUCAUCGCCGUCGUGCUGGAAGAGUCGCCGACUGUAUCAUCAAAACUCUGA